UCUGUUUACUUCGUGAUUUCCUGCGUCUCGCUCGACUCUGUCCCACUGUCUUGUGCACAACUGCGUGCUCUGCAAAGCCUCGAGAUCAGCGUGAAACCUGAAGAUGACCGUGCUCAACUUGCUUCCGUCCGAGUUCGGAUAUGUCAUCUUGACGUACCUGUACAGCUGGAUCAUGCUGGCCUACUUAGCCAUGAAGGUUGGCGGGGCCCGGAAGAAGUUCGACGUUAAGUAUCCCACCAUGUACAGCGACAAGGAGCAAGUGUUCAACUGCAUCCAGAGAGCGCACCAGAACACCCUGGAGGUGUAUACUCAGUGGCUGCUCUUCCAGACCAUCGCAGGUCUUGUCUACCCGUUAUCUGCAUCAGUGCUGGGAGUUAUUUGGGUGACCAGCAGGUUUUCAUAUGCCUGGGGCUACUACACUGGAGAUCCGUCAAAGAGAAUGAAGGGGGCCUAUGGCUACAUUGGAUAUCUCGGAGUCAUCGCACUGUCCAUUUCUGUUGCUUUGCAGUUGCUUGGAGUUUUUUAAGAUGUUUAUCAUCUUGUGUGUGCCCAUGUGACUGGAGAGUUCACAUACAUAGCAUGACUGGCAUGGCAUUGUUGAAUGUAACCCUGAAUAAUCUAUCAAUGCUAAAUUCUAACAGUACUGUUAUGCCUAUUUUUAUAGACCACUAACUUCAUAUUCAUAUAUUUUUGUGAUUGUGCACUCACUGUAAUCCACAAUAAAGUAGAUGCUGCACCAUGCUG